AUGUCACAGGGCGAGGACACCGCCGGCGACUACGAGAAAUGGGAUUUCAACGAGGAGGUGGAGUUGGAGAAGCGAAAGAGGAGGAAAAUGCCUAAAGGAGCGCUGUCCUUCCUCACUUCAUCUCCGGAGAGAGCCGUAGCGCUGCUCUACGUGCUCCUGGCCUUCACCUUCUUGCUCUUCACCAUCCUCACCAUCGUGAAUCUCCGGAGAGUAUCUGCGGCGUGGGAGGCGCUGGAGCAGGCCCGGCAGCGGAGCGAGAGCAGCCACACCACGGCAUGGCACAACCUCUCCGAUGUCCAGAGCGCCCUGGAUAAGCAGCUCUCGGGCCAGCUCAAGGCGAUUCGCAGCCGGCUUCAAAACGUGUCCCAGGAAGUGGAGAACGUGCGGUGGAAGGUGACGCAGUGCAACGCAGAGGAGCUGUCGGGUCGCCUCCGCGUCCUGGAGCAAAGGGACGCACUGGAGCCGGUGCUGCGGCAGCUGGCGGAGGUGAAGGAGGAGCAGAGCCGCGCGUCGGCGCUCCUGGACGCGGCGCUGGAGGAGACGCGCAACCUCUCCGAAAUUCUCUGCACGAGGUGCCCCGCCGGCUGGCAGCAGUUCGCCAAAAACUGCUACUUCUUCUCCACCGACACCAAGCCCUGGCGGGCCGCUAUGGAUUCCUGCACCGAGUUCAACGCUCAUCUGGUCAUCGUCGACAGCGAGCAGGAAAAUAAAUUCCUGGCAAAUCGCAUCAUGGAGAACCGGGUGUUUUGGCUGGGCCUCAGCGACGCGCACAAAGAAGACGACUGGCAGUGGGUGGACGGCCUGCCCCUGCCCCUUUAUUUUAGGUUCUGGAACAACGGGGAACCCAACAACGUGGGCCACCAAGGCGAGGACUGCGCCACCAUCCUCCCCAAUGGCCGGUGGAACGAUGCCACCUGCUCCAACACCGAGCCCUGGAUCUGCGAGCGCGGCUGCUGCCCUCGCCGCGCCUCCAAAACGGGGCUAAACCAGCAAAAACCCUGA